AUUAAACAGUCAACCGCUUUACACAGUCGAGAUGGCUGCUUUACAACUUCUCCUCUCUGCCUUAUUAGUGUGUCAAGUGUAUACCGCUCCUACAAUCACCCCGACUGUCGCUCCAGGUGACAAACAAUACUCAAGUACCAUCGAUGUGGAAACGUCGAGUAAAAUCGAAGAAAGUAUUAAAAAUUCGGAAGAAUCUCUAUCGAAUCCGGUGGAAAAAACGUACCAAAUCGAAAGCAAAUUAUCACCUAACACAGAAUCUUCAUUGAAGACGACAAUCACCAUUGAAGAACGUGCAAAAAGUAAUUCAGAAAAGUCCACGGUACCCGUAAAAGAACCCACUGCAAUCUCCGAACUAUUCGAGAGUGCCACAGAGAAGUUAAACGACGAUAAACUUAUAUUAGAAACGGUGAGCGUUAAAUCCAUAAAUGACAAAGAAACUGAUAUAAAAAACGAGAAAUCGAAAGAAUCGGUUACGGAUAAUAAAGAGUAUUCGAUAACCGGUACCACCGAAGAUAACUCUACUCCUCCCGAUCCAAUUAGAAAAGACAUAACAGAAGACGAAGGAAAUAUUUCCCCAGAUCCCGUGGUAUCCGAUUUUAUGCCCGAUACUCAAACCGAUGAUAUCAUUGGUGGUGCCAUGCCAGAAUCAGAAAUUGUCACAGCAGAUAUGAUAGGUACUGGAGUUUUUCCCGAAUACAUUCCCGAAACGUUACCCGACGAACCCAUAGAACCUCAAGAAACUUCUAUGGUAGAAGAAGAAGAAGAGGAAGAAGAAAUGGAUUUGAAUCCACCUUCCAUCAUCCCCGACGAUGCAUUACUCGAUAUUAACGAUGAUCCACUGCCCAUUGCCGAUGACAUCGUCGAAGAAGUUCAAGAGAAUCCUCCAGAGAAGAUGGGUGAAGAGGAAGAUACCGGUCCAAUUAAUAUUAUUUAAUUAAAUAUUAAAAUCUCUCGAAUAUAAUAAAUCUACGUGUCAAUUAAAGUAUAUCCUUUUUUUCUAUUUGUUAAAUUCAAAAAAAAAAAUAAAUAAAUAAUAAUAAAUAAAUAAAGAAACGACAUUUGUAUAAAAU